AUGUCCUCAAAUAAACAAAAUCGAGACGAUGACAAUUCUGUAUCAAUAGCACAAUCAAGAAAGACGGGGCAGGAAACAUACGGCUCAAGAGCGCCUGGCCAUAUCGUAGGUGACAAUGUAGCUAAGAAAACAGGCAAGGGUCUAGACGUCGACAUCCACCCAUUACUACGUGCACUGAAUACAUCCAUAUCAAAUACUCAAAACACUGGACUGAAAGCGAAGAAAAGGAAAUGGUUUGACCCCACACGGUACAACCCGUAUAUUGACGAUGCCCCUAGCUUCGCAAGUCAUAGGCCCAAGCCCCUAAAAUUCAUCAAGCACGGUGAAUACGUACAAAAAGGGCAAAAGCUAAGGGAAAAGUUGAAAGAAGAAGAAGGUGAAAGAAAAAGGUAUGAGGAGUUGGAGCGCAAGGGCUUGGUCCCUGAUGUGAGCUUGAACGAGAAGCUGUAUCAACCACCAUAUCCACCAUUGAUGGAAUGGUGGGAUAGACCAUACUUGCGAGAUAACAACUACUCAAGACUCGACGAUGAAACACGAUGGGUGCUUGAUAAUGAAGAAAUGCCAAUUACGUCGUAUGUGCAACAUCCAGUGUUACUCUACCCCAUUUGGCUCGAUCCUAAUGGAGUCAAUACGACGACUCCUAUGUUUUUGACAAAGAAGGAACGGAAACGUAUGAGGAAAAACGACAGGCAAAUACGUCACAAGGAAAUGCAAGAUAGAAUCAAACUUGGGUUGGAGCCUCCACCAGAGCCGAAAGUGAAGUUGUCGAACUUGAUGAAUGUGUUGACAAAUGAGGCUAUACGAGAUCCCACGGCGGUUGAAAAUCGCGUUAAACAACAGGUAGAAGAGCGAUUGAAAAAGCAUCUUGCUGACAACGAAGCACGUAAACUAACGAAGGAGGAGAAGCAUGCGAAGAUUUACGCCAAGCAAGAACAAGAUUUGGCAAAGGGAAUCUUCACCACGGUGUACAAAGUGAAGUCUCUAGAUAAUCCACAACACCUGUUCAAAGUCGACGUCAAUGCCAAGCAGGAUAAUUUGUUUGGAAUAUGCUUGAAAAAUCCGGAAUUCAAUUUGAUCGUCGUUGAGGGCGGAGAGAAGUCGAUCAACCAUUAUAAAAAGUUGUUGAUGAACAGAAUCAAAUGGAGUGAAGGGACCAGUCGCGAAGACAAGGGAGAUGAUAGCACAGAGUUGGCAAGUUCUGGCACCGAAAGUAUAUAUAAAUACAACGAUAACGGCAACGAGUGUGUUAUAAUCUGGGAAGGAAGGCUACCGCGUCUCAAUUUUCAAAAAUGGAGUUUCAUGUAUUCUCGAAAUGAUGAAGAGGCAAUCAAUGUACUAAGAAAAUUUGGAUUAGAGAACUAUUGGAGACUAGCUAAAAGUAGGUAA